AUGACUAGAAAAAAGGUGAAACUUGCUUUCAUUGAGAAUAAUACCGCAAGGAAAUCUGCGUACAACAAAAGGAAAAAGAGUUUAGUGAAGAAGGUUGAUGAACUAACAGCCCUUUGCGGUAUCGAUGCUUGCGCUAUAAUUUAUGGCCCGUACGAUGCUCAACCUGAGAUCUGGCCAUCUCCGUCCGGAGUCCAAGAGGUGCUUUCGAAAUUCAUGACUGUGCCUGAGGUUGAACAAAGCAGAAAGAUGAUGAAUCAAGAGAGUUUUCUGAAACAAAGGAUUUCGAAGAGUGAAAAGCAACUUCAAAAACAACGGAGAGACAACAGAGAGAAAGAGACAACCAUGCACAUGUUUCGGUGUCUCAAUGCUGGAAACAUUGUGCAGAACAGUAUGUCGGUAGGUGAUUUGAAUGAUCUUUCUUGGAUGAUUGAUCAUAAUUUGAGGGCUAUUGGAAGAAGGAUGGAAUCAGAUGAUAGGGAAAAUAUUAUUCACCAAUCACCACCACCACCGCCACCACCAACCGCGCCUAACAAUAAUGAAAUUGCAAUGAUGGGUCAUGGCCAUGCUGGGAUGGCUAUGAAUAAUAAUGACCUGAUUCAAAGCCAGAUGUUUAUGGACAUGGGGAUGAAUGGCUAUGAAUAA